AUGUCGUGCUACUUACAGCAGUGCCUCCCUCCCAUCUACCAGGACCCCAUCUCCAUCAAGUGCCCACCAAUGUACGGUGCCAGACAGCUGCCAGUGCCUACCUGGCACUCAACACUGUGCUCCCCACAGUAUGUGAGCCCCUGCGUCCCCCGGCAGCGGAUCAUGUCCUCCAGCUUCUCCGAACAGCAGUGUGUGACCAAGUGCAUGCCGCGGCAGCAGCAUGCAACCAAGUGUGUGCCGCAGCAGUGCGUGACCCAGCGCAUCCUACAGCAACCAUGUGUAACUCGGUGCGUAACAACUUGCGUGCCGCAGCAUCAGUGUACAACCAAGGCUGUGUUGCAGCAGCCUUGCGUGACCAAGUGUGUGCCACAGCAGCAGCAUGCAACCAAGUGUGUGACUGCCUGUGCCCCCCAGCAGCAGUGUGUAACCAAGGGCAUUCCACAGCAGCAGUGUGAGACCAGGUGCAUGACCACGUGUGUGCCACAGCAGCCAUACCCGACCAAGGGCAUCCCGCAGCAGCAGUGCGCAACCAAGUGCAUCCCGCAGCAGUGUGUGACCACGUACACCCCCCAGCAGCCGUGCGCGACCAGGUGUGUCACCACGUGUGUCCCUCAGCAGCGUGCAACCAAGUGUGUCUCACACCGCUUUGUGACCUCGUGUGCCCCACAGCAGUGUGCAACCAGGUGUGUGACCAAGUGUGUCCCACAGCAGUGUGCCACCAAGUAUACUACCAUUUGUGUCUCACAGCAGUGUGAUACUUGUGUCCCACAGCAGUGUGUGACCAAAUGUGUCCCCCAGCAGCCGUGUGCCACUAAGUGUGUCCCACAGCAGUGUGAGACAACUUGUGUCCCACGGCAGCAGUGUGCCACCAAGUGUGUCCCCCAGCAGCAGUGUGCCACCAAGUGUGUCCCACAGCAGUGUGUGACUAAAUGUGUCCACCAGCAGCAGUGUGCCAAGUGUGUCCCACAGCAGUGUGAGACAACUUGUGUCCCACGGCAGAAGUGUGCCAAAUGUGUCCCCCAGCAGCAGUGUGCCACCAAGUGUGUCCCACAGCAGCAGUGCGCACCCAAGUGUGUCCCCCAGCAGCAGUGUGCCACCAAGUGUGUCCCCCAGCAGCAGUACGUACCCAAGUGUGUCCCCCAGCAAUGUCAGUCGGGUGGAGUGAAAAUUUCAAGUCACUCUAAAAAGUACUGCUCUGCUUCCAAAUGGCCCUGGUGA